UACUAUUUUAGUCGGACACAUCUGUGAGCAAGUGGGACUAGGUUAUUAACGUCCUCCAAAGUUAGAAUAUAAGGAUAAUAUUUACUAAAUCGUAGGUAAGUGUAGGUGCUUUGAUUUACUAUGUUUUAUCUAGAUCGCAUCGAUUCCACCUGUAUGUGUGUUUUUUCACUUAUUCAUUCAUCCUUUGAUACUAGCUGAAGACUAGUUAUUUAUGUAUUCAUCCUCCGACUGAUCCCAGCUAAAGAGAAGUUAUGCUGGUUCACCAUUAUAUGGAGAGGGGGUAGUUUGUGUGUGUGUGGGUGCGUCCUAGUCAGCUGAAGAUUUCAAAUGAAGCCACGAUGGGACACAAACUGGACCAAUUGAACUUACAAUGCAAUACAAGGGGUGGCCUGCGUGAAAGAAUUCUGCCGCAAGGCCCGUACGUGUACAGAAAGACGCCGCUCUGCCCCGUGGCCGUGCGUACAAAAGCUUAUUGAGGAGCUGCAUUCUCAAUACAACCAUUACCUUCAUUCUGACUGCAUGCAAGUCUCUGACGACGUCUACAGCGACACCUGUCUAUUCACACAUGCUAAUAAAGAGAAUAAACUGCAACUCCUUGCUUCUAAUGGAAGUGCGUGCUGUAAAAUCAUAAUUUACAUUCUUUUCGUCAAGAUUAUCAAAACAAUUCCAAAUCAAAGGUCAACAUUAAUUUCGCAGGUACAAAAUGACCUGAUUUUUAAUUUGUAAUUAUAAAUAGAUUUAAGAAGCCAUUAGGUAAUUAUCCUGGACGUGUUCCUGUCCUCACUUUCCACUAGUUUCUUGCCAGUCCGUCUGACAUUCUGCAGAAGAGCGUGCAUGUGAUAACCGGACUUUGCCAGGAUGGGAUGCGGCGCCAGUCUGGAUGCCAGGUACGAUGAUCCCAUGCCUGUGCUCGUGUUCGGGGCAACGGGACUUGUGGGCGGGGCUGUUGCCAUGGCGUUGCUACGCGACAGACGCUUUCAAGUCAAGGCCGUCACCAGAACGCCGACGGCGAACGCUGCUCGUCACCUGGCUGAACAUGGUGCAAUUAUAGUGACUGCUGACCUCAAUGACCCGCACAGUCUCGAGCGAGUAAUGUCGGGGGCUCACGCGGUUUUUCUGACUACACACUACUGGGAGCACAUGAACACAGACAAGGAAACUCGACAGGGUAAGAAUGCUGUGGAGGCAGCAGUGCAUGCUGGAGUCGCGCACUUCGUAUUUUGUUCUUCCGAAAGUCCGAAAGAAAUUAUCGGGAGAGCCUGUGGUCACAUGGAUGCCAAAGCAUCGAUAGAAAAAGCCGUUGUGGAAACAAAUCUUCCGUACACAGCUCUGCGGCUGCCAUUUUUAUAUGAAAACUUUUUGACCGUCUUCAGACCUCACAAGGUCUCCCCAGGCGUCUAUGCUAUAGCACUGCCCAUGGAAGACCAGCUGAUGGACUGCAUGUCCGUAGUCGACGUGGCAGCGUGUGUUGUAAACAUUUUGCUGAGGCCCAGCGCCUACCUGUGCCGCGACCUGGCCCUGACUGCGGACAAGCUGAGCGUGCGGCAAAUCACGGAUGUUCUCAACAAGCACUUCAGUGACCGCAAGUUCACCUGCCCUAAGAUUCAAGUGAAAGAUUACGAAUCUUUUGGGUUUGUCGGCGCCUCGGACAUCGCCGCCAUGUUUGAGUUUUAUCAGACAGGGCUUGAGUCACGUGACAUAAAGACCACGCGGAAAAUCCAGAAGUCGCUGCUAUCGUUUGAGCGCUGGGUAUCCAAAAACAAGGACAAACUUGGAGAGGCAAUGAAGGAGUAGUUUGUUUCAUGAGCAAAGAUGAUUUUGCCUGGCUGAUAUCAUGUAGGGUGGAGUCUGAAAUGGUUUGCAAUGCGUCAUUCAAGGACCUUUAAAGAAGUCAGACACGCCAGCUCUUGAUCGUGACUGUGACCUGUUUACAAAAAUGGAAAUACGUUCGAUGCAAUAUAACUAUUUACCACACCCCUUUUAUUGGACAGUAACGAAAAAAUGGUUAGAAGUAUGGUUUUCGCUUGUUGAAUAAAAUUUACCGAAAAGAUGACGAUAAAAUCCCAUUUUGUUCCUCGAGAUUGUCGCCAGAAACACUUCAUUAGCAGCAUAUAAAAGCUAAUAUAGAGAGAAAAAUUAUAGAAUUUGACAUUCUUCUCCAGCUGUUAGAAAUGCUGAUAGUUAUGUUCCUAGCGGUACAUAAUAUAAUAAAAAAAAUUGCCAUUUCUAAACAGAUCUGCAUAUAUACUGAUUUGUCAUCAAAAUCUGCUCACCCUUUUUCUGCUCUUUUCAAAAGUUGCAAGGAAGUCACGUUCUGGGUGCAAAGCCAAUAGGCAUGUUCCAUU